AUGGGAGUCCUCAGCACAGCUUAUCGUCGUUCCGACCAGGGCCAGGCGGACACAGAGCUCUCCCAUGUCUCUACAAACCGUCAAUCAACGCAACUUCCAAUGCUAAGCAUAGCUGACAAUUUGCGCAAUAAUAUGAUUGCCGCAAUUGGUGAAUUCGUUGGAACAUUCAUGUUCCUCUUCUUUGGCUUCGUUGGUGCCCAAGUCGCAAACACGCCCGCCCCGGAACCGGGAUCGGGUCCUGAUACAUCCAAGUUGUUGUAUAUUUCGUUGGUAUUUGGAUUCUCGCUGACGGUAAAUGUCUGGGCUUUUUAUCGUGUUACGGGUGGCAUGUUCAAUCCGGCGGUCACAUUGGCUCUCUUCCUGGUCGGUGGCCUUCCAGCAAUCCGCGGUGUUUUCGUGGUAAUCUCUCAAAUCGUAGCUGGAAUCUGUGCUGCUGCUGUGGUGUCUGCUUUGUUUCCCGGUCCUCUCAAUGUUGAAAACACGCUCGGUGGCGGUACCAACGUUGCGCAGGGUCUCUUCAUUGAGAUGUUCCUCACCUCUCAAUUGGUAUUUGUCAUUAUCAUGCUUGCUGUUGUUAAACAUAAGAGCACCUUCUUGGCACCUGUCGGUAUUGGUUUGACUUUGUUCUUGUGUCAUCUUACUGGAAUCUACUUUACAGGUGCCUCGCUCAACUUUGCCCGCUCUCUCGGUCCAGCCGUUGUCAACCAUAGCUUCCCUCACUACUUCUGGAUCUAUUUCCUUGGCCCCAUGCUAGGAUCUUGUCUCGCAUCCAGCUUCUACUUCUUCUUGAACAAGAUGCGUUAUGAGACCUGCAAUCCGGGCCAAGACGCAGAGAGCCUCGAGGACCCUGCUGCUGCCAAGGAACGCCAGUUGUCGUCAUCCACCACAGGCGGUGACCUAGGCGUCAGCAACGGCGUCAGCAACGGCGUUAAUGGAGAUGUGAACGGAAGUGACCGUACCAUUAAUGAACACCAGACGAAUAUUUCUGAGACCGCGGCGAUCAACUCUGGUUAUGCUGAUAAGAAUAAGAAUGAAGCAUCUGGUGGCGACUACCAGUAUUCUUCCAAUUCAGCUUCCGGUCACCCCUACUCCAACCAAUCAAACGCAAACUAG